GCGGCCGUGCGCGGGGCGGGGUGGACAUGCGCGUGCGCGGUAAGCGCAACCAUGCGGGUGUUGGUGGGUGGUGGGACUGGAUUUGUGGGCAGAACCCUGACCCAGCUGCUGCGGAGCCGUGGGCAUGAAGUGACCCACAUCUCUCGAGAAGGGGGCAAGGAUCGGAUUAGCUGGGGAGAGUUGUCCCACUCUGGACUGCCUCUUUGUGAUGCUGUAGUGAAUUUGGCUGGUGAAAAUGUCCUCAACCCUUUCCGAAGAUGGAGUGAUGCCUUCUGCAGGGAGGUCAUCAACAGCCGGGUUGAGACCACCAGGACCUUGGCCAAAGCCAUUGCUAAUGCUGAAGAGCCACCCCAUGCUUGGGUCCUCGUCACUGGCGUAGGCUACUACCGCCCUAGCCCCACAGCUGAGUAUACUGAGGACAGUCAUGGUGGGGAUUUUGACUUCUUCUCUCGCCUGGUGAGCGCCUGGGAGGCUGCAGCUCUCAUCCCUGGGAGCCCAACUCGUGGUGUUGUGGUGAGAUCUGGGGUAGUGCUGGGCAAAGGUGGUGGUGCAAUCUCUCAGAUGCUCUUGCCGUUCCGUCUGGGAUUAGGAGGUCCCUUGGGCUCUGGGCUUCAGCCCUUUCCGUGGAUCCACAUUCAGGACCUGGCUGGGAUUGUGUGUCAUGCCCUGGAGACUGAGAGCGUUCAAGGAGUCCUCAACGGUGUCUCCCCAUCUUCCCCUAUGACCUCCAAUGCCACCUUUGCUCAGGAGUUCGCUGCAGCCCUGGGGCGCCCAGCACUGCUCCCAGUGCCUGCCUGGGCAGUCCGGGCUGUCUUUGGAUCAGAACGAGCCGUCAUGCUGCUGGAGGGCCAGAAGGUGGUACCAAAACACACCCUGGAGAGCGGCUACCAGUUCAUCUUCCCUGACCUGUCUGCAGCUCUGAGGGACGUCGUGGCUUGAGGACUCACCUGGGUUUAGCCCUGGUCCUGCCUGUUCUUAACACUUCCUCAUCCCAAUACAGAGAGAGUGAGCAAACUCUUCACCUUCUGUCUCCUUUUGUUCAUCCCCAGUUUAGGAGUCAUCCCUUCUCACCUGCUUUUGGGAAGGUGUACAAUGCCCUGGGAUUGUCAAUUCUGAAUCUUCCAUCAUCCCUUUCCCAAAGUGCAUGUGAGCUGCUUGCAGAGCAGCUGGGGGUGUAUGUAAUGUCUCCUGAGAGACAAGGGUGGCAGCAGGAAGGAGUUGUUUGGGUGUUUUAGUUCUUCAUGUUACAAGACAUCCCUUUUCUUGCUUCUCCCCAUGUCUUAGCCCUAGUUACACAGAGACCCAUUUAAGCUUUACUGCUUUGCCUUUCUCAGUCUCAUAGGGAAUGGAGAUGUGGGAAGAGAUAAAACCUGAGGAGAUACAAAGGGUGCUGGUUGCAGAUGGCUUGAAGACUUGGCCAUCUUGUUUCUUGUGGUGGCUAGGUACCAAGUACCAAGUUCCUCAGAACCUCCAUCUAAGUUUAAGCCCAGACUCAGGAAGACCCAGGGCUGCAGUGUUUAAUUUUGACGAUGAUAAGCAAACCUUGGCUCCCAUGGUUCAAGACUUGUGAUCCUAAUUACAGUGUUGUGCUAUCCCAACACUGGCACAGCCAGCCCUGUUGUGCUGAGGGCUAGUAGAGUGUUUUUGUAAGCAUGUCCCAGCCAACUGCAGUGCUUCAAUUUACUUUGGGAACAAGUUUUUAUGUCCCUCUGUUCUAGGUGAAUGCUUAUAGUUGUUAAUACAUAUUGAGAGCAGCAGCUGCCUCCAGCAGCUCUGGCCCACGGCCCUCCUUCUCAGCUGCUGGAGUCCCAAGUGUUCAAGUACCCCAGGUCCCUGCCCAAGCUGAGGGAUGCAGCUGCUGCUUUCCUCUUUACAGGUUCAGUCGACCCUCAAGUUGAGCACUCAUCAGAGGCACAUGCAUGCAUAGAGACACACACAGAGGUGACAUUGACAGGACUGCUCACACAGCCUGCUGCAGCCAAGAGGCUGCCACACUUGGCACCCAUGUCACAUAAGCAAAACCAGCCAUGUCCCUUCCCAUCCUGGGGUUGGCAGACUCAUGGCUUCUUCAGGGUUCCCAAGCACAUUCACAAGACCCUUCUACCCACCACCUCUACCUGAGCCCCUGCCUUCUGACCCACCCCAUGGUCCAGCUUGAUAUAUCCAACGUGCAGCGCUCACAUACUCAUCCCAAAGGCACCCCACACUCAGGUACCCACAGCAUGGACUCCCUACAUAACUGAUGCCUGAGGCUUACAUACCAGCUGGUCCAGGUUGCUAUUUCCUGGUGGAUAUUGAAGCCCAAAAAGGCCAAGCAAAACUGUUUAGAG